AUGGGCCUUUUCAGCUUCAGUGGGCCUAAACAGGGCGCCAAGGUCCCCACCUUCGAAUUGGCUCCUCAACCAGACUCCACGGACUUGCAGAUUCGUUCACUACUUUAUUUAUUCAAGAGACUUCGAAUCAACAAGCUAGCGCCUUUCCUUAAUAGUGACGGUUCCUUGAGGUAUACAGACGUUUCUGCUCCUGUGGAAGAUCCAUCCGUGUCUGCUAAACUAGACGGCUUGUACAACUUGCUGAAGUUUUCCCAGUUGCUUGUUUCGGAUUACCAGCGAGUUCUCAUUGAUUAUCCCAAGAAUAAGUUUAGAGCAUAUUGCAUACUUUCAGAACUACCCAGUGCCAACUUCUCGAGACCGCUGUCGCCAGUGAAGUCAACACGGUCAGAAAAUGGAUCUGCUGAUUUCGAGGACGGCUUCCCUGUGUUCUUCGAUGCAAAGGGCAAAAGAGCUCUGAACUUUGCAUUCUCGCUUCUUCCCUCUGGUCGACAAGUUAGCAUUAGAGAGUUGGCUGCCUCCCUCGCCAAUUCGCUCAUAUACGUGGAACAUCAUUCGUAUGUUCCCUUUUCGGCACGACUCUCUGCUGCCAGAAGCUCCAUCCAAAAGAUUUCUACUUUGGAUCUUACAGACGACUCGGUGUGUCGAUUAACCGAGGAAUUCAAGCAUGCCAUUGUCUUUGAGUACUUGAAAGAAUUGGCUUUCUUGGUGCAGUUACUACGGAUCUACGACGAGUAUAUGAAAAAGACAUCUUCGCCAUCAAUCCAAAUGUCUGAAACACCGUCUUCACUGCCGCUGACGUCUCCUGUUAAAAGAGCCCCUCCAGCAUUAUCACCUAAAAAAUCUACUGCAAAUCUAAAGGGAGAGCGCACGCUUAAACCUCGCCCUUCUAUUUCCAACUUUAGAUCCAAUGAAAUUUAUAGUCCAGUGACAUCUCCCACCAAAAAGAAGUCUAUGAAGGCUUCAUCCUCGACUGGUUACGGGGACGUUUAUGGCAGGGAGAUUGUCCAGGACUUGUGGGACAAGUGCAAGACUUCGAUCCGGGCCAAGCUUCAACACGAGAAAUCUCGUAUUGAACAAUCCGGACAGAAGGACAUUUAG